AGAGGCAUUUGCGGACAGCUUCGCUCCUCUCAGUUCUUUUCCUCGUCGACGCAUCACCGGAGGUUUCUCCUGAAGCACCGUGGGCCAGCUAGGCCUUCAUCUCCCUGCUUCGUUAGCCGCGGUUGGACGCAACGCGCCGCUAACCUCCUCUCCUCGGACUGCGACCCUCAGCGCGGACAUCGGAGAAAGAACUUCCAUCGCAUUGAAAUGGCCCCUCUCUGGAUCCUCGGCAUCUUCCUAGUCCUGCAGACCACAUUGGCCGGUAACAUAGUGGAACCAGGUCCGCCGAGUGGCAUUGUUCUCCAAGAUGCCCCAGGACUGCUCCUCACCAAUUGCCGCGUCCAUACCCAGCGCGUGUACACCCGCCUCGAUCCUUGGGACGUGUACCGUAAGCAUUUUAGAUCGCCCACACAAACAAACCUCGAAACCGGGCCUGACUCCGAGAUUGGGUCCAACAUCGAACACGCCAAGCGUACCACAGUUCACAUGCUCGAACAGUUACAGAAGUUCAUAGUCACUGAGGAGGAACUCAGCGGCAAAACACGCCCUAAACGGUUCCUCGGAGGACUACUUACUGCUGCAUCCGCCAUUGGCUCUCUGUUCUCAAUGGGCCUCUCUGCCGUUAACACCGUUAGCCUAACCGCGGUCAAACGAGAAAUGAACAUUCUUAAGGAAGAAAUGCCAGAAAUCCAGGGUAGACUACUAACUCAACAGGAGGAGCUGCAGGGCCUAGGCAAAACCCUGCAGGGAACCAUACUAACCGUUAACAUGCAUUCUACAUUAAUCAAGAACACCGUACAUGCCGUAGACAGGCUAGCGACAAUCAUGAGAAGCGAGGUCAAGUACGUCCGAGUAAUCCGAGACCUAAUGCAGGACCUGAUGAGAGAAGUAAGUAGCUCUCUCAGCACCCUGAGUGGAGGUAAAAUCCCACCAUAUUUGAUACCCCUCAGCAUGGUUGACAGCAUACUCCGAUCUACUACCACGACUAACGUUUACUCAUCACAGAUUCAUCUGGCUUAUAGUCUUGGCAGUGCUAUCCCCAUUUUUGUGAACCCUCAAAACCUAGAAAUAGGCUUCAUCCUCAAUCUCCCUGUUAUUGAACGGCAAAACAUAUACAGAAUCAAAUCUGUCCUUAAUGUAGGUUUCUGGAACAACGACGUACACGUACGUUUGCAGACACCUUCCACCAUAGCCUAUCACGAUGACAACCCCUCUAUCUACCUCGUCCCUAACUUAGACAUGUGCACCUCUACCAAAGAUAUCCACUGGGUCUGCCCCAGCAAUCCCUUUAUCCGAGACACCACAGACCGUCUCUGUGGAUUGAUAAAAGUCCCCGAUCAGAAGUGUGCAGGCAAAUUGUCUAUUAAAGAUGAAGGAAUAGGAACUAGAGUAGAAAGAGCUGGUAAUCGGUGGCUAAUCAACACUCCCCAAACUGAGAUUCUGGUAUCAUAUGAUCAACAUAACACUGCCACUAGAAUGAAGAUCCCUAACGAAACCUCUCUCCUAAGUGUCCCACUAGGAGCCACUGUUCACGUGGGUGACAUCACCCUCCAUCACCUUAGCGCGGACCAGUAUGAGACCGAGAUAGAAAUGCCCGAUGCCUUCCCAGGUCACGAACUUGAGAUAAACUCCACCCUCCAAGCACAACUACUGCUGGAAGGGACCAAAACCGUGCAAUUCGAUCUUAAGCCCACUGGCAUCGCUACCACUUUCUUGAAUAACCGCGCAAACCCUUCGUCCGAUCAAGGAUCUUUAAUAAGCCGAAUUGCGCUGGGAUUUCUAGCUGGCGGUUGGGUUAUCACAGUCUUCAUAGCCAUCACUCUACAUAGGUACAUACUGACACUACACCGCAAACUGGACAAAACGAUCUACGCACCUGAGAAAUUAGAUCGUGGCAUUGUCCGAUUCUCCAUCAGGCCUAAGGCCUCCACUAACUUUCUUGAAGAGUAGGCUUGCUAACAUGCUAACUAACCCCUCUUUUCCAUUUUCUUUUAUGGAGUUUUGAUUUUUUUUUGUUUGCUGUGUGAAAUGUUGUAUGUAGAAGGUAGUUAAGUAGCCAUAGUGUAAUUGUUUUCAUGUCCAAGUGCCUAUGCUUUCAUGCCCAAGUGCCUAUGCAUCUUAUGGACUGUAUGAAAUGAAUUGAACUGUUGAACUGUGUCUGAAAGACUUUUCACAGAAAGGACCCUUGGAACUACCUCAUUGUGGAACUACCUCAUUGUGGAUUACUAGGGACCGUGGGUCGCAGACUAAACACCAUGUGCACAUAGGGUAUCACUCCUUUCAGCGCCUAUGGCCAAGGGGGGAAUGUUGGUAACUCGCCAGCGCCCCCUAUAACGAUCCCACAAUUUCCUUGCGCGCUCCACCCGGAUGUGACGUAAAGUGGAACUGCUUUAACUGUAUCGAGAGCGCCUCGAUUCGCUCUCUCAUGUUCUGACUACUGGAGUGGUCGGACGGACUGUAGGCACGCUCGCCUACAGUGUUGAGACUAACCGCUAUUGUCUGAGAACAGCCUGUUCAAAUUAGUUUCGGCCGAACUUUUGAACGACCCGCUAAGUUUCAGCGAUAUAGUGGUUUUGAUUCUAAACCUUUGCAAAGUUUAACUACAGUUAAGUAGUUUUCCACGCUAAGAGGCAUUUGCGGACAGCUUCGCUCCUCUCAGUUCUUUUCCUCGUCGACGCAUCACCGGAGGUUUCUCCUGAAGCACCGUGGGCCAGCUAGGCCUUCAUCUCCCUGCUUCGUUAGCCGCGGUUGGACGCAACGCGCCGCUAACCUCCUCUCCUCGGACUGCGACCCUCAGCGCGGACAUCGGAGAAAGAACUUCCAUCGCAUUGAGUAGGCACUUGGGCAAAUUUUUAAUUUGUAGCUUAUUCAGAUGGUUGUUAGGGUCAUGUUUAAGCUUUGAGCUAUUUAGCAUACCCGCUCAGACACGGAAGGUGUUUGUUUGUUUUUAUUGUUUGUUUUGGUUCUGUUUUUUUUUUUUUCUUUGAACUUGUUAGACAGGGUAUCUUGCAUGAUAUCUUUCCUUAACUCCAUUGCUAGCUUCCCUAUCUGAUUAGCAGCGCAGCGACAAGUUUGUUAUUUUAAGCUCCGAGGCUAGACCGCUACAAGGCCUAGUUCUCUCCAUCCAACACAUAUACACACUCUCUCACACUCUCUCUCUCUCUCGCGUUGAGUUCUUUGCCUAGAUAGUCUGUUGGAAAUUGUUAAGUGCAGUGUUUGGAUCCAGCUGUAGCGUGGUCAGAUUCUCCUUAGCAACUUAUUGCUAGCUACCUCAGGGUGAUACGCUAGCUGGUAGGCUUGUGUUCUCGACUAGGCCUGCAGGCGCCAUCUUUCCGACGCCAUUUUGAUACCUUCCUCAUUGAGUUACCUGUGAUACGACACCUAGGCACUGACCGCCAUUUUGUUUAAGCAUUGCCAGAGUGGCUAGUCAUUAGCAUCUGCCCACAGAUACCUACACAAAGCACACAUUAGCCACAGAGCUAAUCCUUUGUUCUAUUUAGCUAACAUUCCUUUGUUUUAGCUAACAUUCCUUUGUUUUAGCUAACGACAAGCUAGGUCACACACACACACCCACCUCCACACACACGCACACAAGGGAUUCUUUUCUUUUUUCUUCUAUCUCUUUCUCUCUCUCUUUCCCUCAAAUUUAUAGUCCAGGUGUAAUUGUUCCAUUGUUUUGUCUUGUUAUUACCUUUGCUGACAUUGAAUGUAUUUUGAGUUUAUUAUUAUUAGUGAGUAGUAGACAAAUAAAAGCUAAUUAAAAUUAAUUGCAUUUUACUUGUUCCUGU